AUGGAGCGGGGCGGCGACAUCAGGCGCAAGAAAAGCCUCGUCAAACCCGAACGUCGCCAUGUCGACUCCGACCACCCCAACUACCACUAUCGCCAGCGGUCGCAUCGUAUGAAUACACAUCCGUCCACGACAGGAGAAGACCCAUUACUCGAUCGAGAUGCCGAGGCCGAGACGAACAGCUCCAAGAGCAUAGAUACGAAAUCGAGGGAGCUGUAUGGGUUGGGAAAUGUUAACAAACCGAUGGAGCGGGGGCCGAGCCGACAUCACUCGAAAAAGAAGAAGAAGAGGUCUUCGCGCCGGAUUUCGAAGAAGCCGACCCUUGAGGACAGAAAACGACAAAAGGCUAUGGAGGCGGUGCGCCCGCCGGACUUGUGGACAACGUACUGCGCACUGAUCAGUUGUUUGGUGCCGGAUUUCCUGCUCAAGUGCUGUGGCAUGCCGCAGAGAGAACAGCGGACGGCCUGGCGGGAGAAGAUUGGCCUUAUCAGUAUCAUUUUGAUGGUCGCAGCCUUUGUCGGUUUCUUGACAUUCGGAUUCACGGCAACGGUCUGCGGAAACGCUCCAACGCGACUGAAGAUCAACGAGGUCGGCAAUGGCUAUAUGAUUUUCCACGGUCAGGCAUACAACUUGGAGAAUUCCAAGCACCCAGCCGCAGAAGGGAUUCCCGAGGAUACUAAUGUUCUAUACGACUUGCCCCAUAAAUAUGGUGGUCAGGAUGGCAGCUUUUUCUUCCAGGAAGUCAAUGGUGCUUGCAAGGGGCUUAUCACUGCUGUGGAUGGUGGCGGUGUUCCAACCAACUCCGACGGGGAUCUGGGGUGGUACUUCCCUUGCAAUGCUUUCAACCAGGAUGGUUCGUCCGAGCCAAAUAGGACAGACGAUUAUUACGAGGGGUGGGCAUGUCAUACCAGCUCCGCUGCUCGGAAACCCUUCUGGGAGCUCAACCCAUCAGGUGAUGUGUAUUUCACGUGGGAAGACACAAGGAACAAGAGCCGGAAUCUGGCUGUGUACUCGGGCAGCGUUCUGGACCUGGAUCUUCUGCGCUGGUUCAAUACCAGUCAGGUUUCGUAUCCUGCCAAGUUCGACAAGCUUCGCGAAAAUCCGGAUGUUCGGGGAGUUGAUCUGACCUACUACUUGCAGGGUGGAGAUGAGAAGAAGCUCGGACAGUGUCUGACGCAGAUCAUCAAAGUGGGCAGUAUUGACACAGACACCGUGGGAUGCAUUGCUUCCAAGGUUGUACUCUACGUCUCUUUGAUUUUCAUUCUGUCCAUUGUCGUGGUCAAGUUUGCGUUUGCGGUGUUGUUCCAAUGGUUCUUGGCCAAGAAGUUCGCUGCGGACAGGACAAGCAUGAGUUCUGAUGCCAGGACUCGUAACCAACAGAUCGAAGACUGGUCCAACGAUAUCUACCGACCGGCACCUCGCAUGCCUGAUCCUCCGAUCCCGGACCGCCUCAGCAAACGUGCCAGCUUCUUACCGACGACAUCUCGUUUCUCCAGUCCAUAUGUCAUGGGUGGAUCCACCAGUGCUGGUGGUAAGCAACGUUCGAAUUAUGUGACAAUGGCUAGCCAGAACUCGACUUCCCGGCUUAUGCCCAGCUCAACCACCACUGGAACUAUGUACAAGACGAGUCACAACAGUAGUGGCGGUACUUUGAGUGCGGACAAUUCCCGGAAUCCUGCUGCCAGUAGGACCAGCUUGAUUGGAGCGGGCUCGCAAGACCCUGGCUUUUCCACCAUCGUCCCCGAGUCCGAUGGCCCAGGCCCCGCUGGAUUCAUUCAUGAGUCUGUUGUUCCCCAGCCUCCGCCUGAAUGGCAGCCAUUUGGCUACCCCUUGGCGCAUGCGCUUUGCUUAGUUACAUGUUACUCAGAGGGUGAAGAGGGUAUUCGGAGUACUCUUGACUCCAUUGCACUGACUGAUUACCCGAACAGUCACAAGACGAUUCUUGUCAUCUGUGAUGGUAUCAUCAAGGGUAAAGGAGAGGACUACUCCACUCCUGACAUCGUGCUUAGCAUGGUGAAAGAUCAUGUGGUUCUUCCAGAUGAGGUUCAACCAUUUUCAUAUGUUGCCGUAGCUACUGGCUCAAAGAGACACAACAUGGCUAAGGUAUAUACUGGAUUUUACGACUAUGGCGAUACCUCUAUGGUUCCCCCUGAGAAGCAGCAGCGUGUUCCCAUGAUGGUGAUUGUGAAGUGCGGUACCCCUGCCGAGUCUACUCAGUCCAAGCCGGGUAACCGUGGCAAGCGAGACAGUCAAAUUAUCCUCAUGUCGUUUUUGCAGAAAGUUAUGUUUGAUGAGCGUAUGACUGAGCUUGAAUUCGAGAUUUUCAAUGGCAUGUGGAAUGUCACAGGUCUGCCCCCGGACUUCUACGAGGUCGUUCUGAUGGUCGAUGCCGAUACGAAGGUAUUCCCCGACAGCUUGACGCACAUGGUCUCAGCUAUGGUCAAGGACCCGGAAAUUAUGGGCCUGUGCGGUGAGACCAAGAUUGCCAACAAGACCGACAGCUGGGUUACCAUGAUCCAAGUCUUCGAAUACUUCAUCUCCCACCACCAAGCCAAAUCCUUCGAGUCCGUUUUCGGUGGUGUCACCUGUCUCCCCGGAUGUUUCUCCAUGUAUCGCAUCAAAGCUCCUAAGGGUGGCCAGAACUACUGGGUCCCCAUUCUAGCCAAUCCGGAUAUCGUGGAACACUACUCCGAGAACGUGGUUGACACCCUCCACAAGAAGAAUCUCCUUCUUCUCGGUGAGGAUCGGUACCUGACUACCCUAAUGCUCAAAACUUUCCCGAAGCGCAAACAAAUCUUCGUCCCACAGGCCGUCUGCAAAACAGUUGUCCCCGAUAAGUUCAUGGUCUUGCUUUCCCAGCGCCGUCGCUGGAUUAAUAGUACAGUCCACAACUUAUUCGAACUAGUCCUUGUCCGCGAUCUAUGCGGUACAUUCUGCUUCAGCAUGCAAUUCGUCAUCUUCAUUGAGCUAGUCGGAACAUUAGUUCUUCCCGCCGCCAUUUCAUUCACCAUCUACGUUAUCAUUUCGUCCAUUGUCAGGAAACCUGUCCAGGUUAUUCCUCUCGUUCUUCUUGCUUUGAUUCUGGGUCUACCGGGUGUUUUGAUCGUCGUGACAGCCCACCGCCUUGUCUACGUUCUCUGGAUGCUUAUCUACCUUGUUUCUCUCCCCAUCUGGAACUUUGUUCUUCCUACUUAUGCCUUCUGGAAAUUCGACGAUUUCAGUUGGGGUGAUACCCGGAAGACUGCUGGCGAGAAGGACAAGGGACACGGUGAUGCUGAGGGCGAGUUCGACAGUACUAAAAUUACGAUGAAGCGAUGGCGUGAUUUUGAAAGAGAACGACGACUACGAAACAGCGUCUGGGCUCAACCAAACCUGCCCGCAAAUGGGUACCCACAUCACGAGACAUAUUCAGAUUAUUAA